AUGGCCCCAAAAUCAGCAAUGCCACCACUCCCGGUCAAGGUGUACAGUUCAGCUACUCUGUAUGACCGACUGAUUCAACUAUUCCUGCAAAUAUGCUCCGUAAAGCCAUCACCAAAGCCUUGCUACUCAGGCAUUUUCAUGGAAUUUGGAAAGUUUAUUUGGGUGCAGAAUGGCCAGAGUCAACUAUACACCCAAGGCUUUUUCGGCAAAGGUGACCUCUCAAGAAGUGAACCCACAUGGCUCAAGAGAACUGUAGAGCAGAACAAAAAUUCGUUGGAAGAAAUUACCGUGGAAAGAAGAAGAAAGCGUCGCCAAAAGAAUAGUGGAGAUGAGGUGGUAGCAGACAAUGUGGACACAUUGACAUCGGCUGAGCUGCUGGAUGCUACAUGCCACAAGGAUGUCGAGCACUUUCAAUUGGAUCUGUAUGAAGCUUUCUUUCUUUCUUAUGCCCUAAAUGCACUGUCGAUAAUCGAUCCUGGGAAUCAGUCGCCUUUAUCGAUAGCAGAUUGCUGGUCCACUUUUUGCAAAUCAAAUCCUGCUUUUCACUCACAUUAUGUCGUAUACCACUUUUAUCGUAGCCUGGGCUGGGUGCCUAAAACUGGAUCAAAAUUUGGCGUUGAUUUUGUGCUGUAUCAAUCUGGCCCUUCGUUUCGACAUGCUGAUUAUGGAGUAGUCGUGAUACCGUUGGUCAACAACAAGCUUGAAGAGCCCAAGUCGUGGGAUUGGUUACUACGAAUAAACAGGACCUGUGCCCAAGUAAAGAAGACAUUGAUACUCUGCUAUGUAACUGUACCCGAUGAUACCAGCUCGUUUUCGAACUUGGAUGACUAUGGCAUCAGACAAGUGAUUUACAAACGGUGGUCUCCUCAAAAGAAUCGAGAAUAA